AAAACACUCAGUCUAAUUUAGGAGUUUUUACAAGCGGUGUAAAAUAAAUUAUUAUUAAAUUGUAAUGCUUUAUAUAGCAUUAAUAAACGUUUAUUCAUUUAUUUUUGUUUUAUUUUGUGUGAGGAAAAGAAAAGGUGCGUCUCAUUUCGCUCCUCAUAUCGUGCUUCUGUUAAUCGUGAACAGCAUUCGCAGUGUAUUCACCGGCAAGAAGUUAUGGAGAAACGGAGCUUUUUGACACGUUAAAUGAUUUGAAUCAAUUGCUUCAUAAAAUGAUUCACUGACUAGAACAGAUGGAAUCACGACAUAAACACAAACACAAAAAAUCUCCUGGUGGAGGCAAAGAGCCACGUGACUCAUUAUUAUAAAGAUGGUGUUUAUUAAAGAGGAGAGUGAAGACAUGAAGAUUGAAGAAACAUUCAGAGUCAAACAUGAAGAUAACGAGGAACAAACAGACAUAAAUGCACAGAAAGAAGAUGGUCAAGGACUGAAUAAAUCAGAAGAGCAAGAUCGGCAUGAGGAACAUCAUGAUUUCAAAACUGGCGAAAAAUUUAGUUGCACACAGACCAAAAAGUGUUUCCCUCAAAAAAGAACUAAAAAGACAAAAAGUGGAAAUUAUUUCACCUGCCAACAGUGUGGACAGAGUUUCGGUCAACAUGGAAACCUUAAAAUCCACAUGAGAAUUCACACUGAAAAGAAACAUUUCAUCUGCCAGGAGUGUGGAAAAGGUUUUAACCGAAAAGUAAGCCUGAAAGUCCACAUGAGAAUUCACACUGGAGAGAAGCCAUUCACAUGCCCUCAGUGUGGAAAGAAAUUUGAUCAACAUGGAAACCUCAAUGUCCACAUGAGAAUUCACACUGGAGAGAUCCCUUUUACCUGCCAACAGUGUGGAAAAAGCUUCAACAGAAAAGGAAACCUUAAAGUCCACAUGAGAAUUCACACCGGAGAGAUCCCCUUCACCUGCAAAAAGUGUGGAACAAGUUUCACUCAAAAAGGAAGCCUUAAAGUCCAUAUGAGAAUUCACACUGGAGAGAUCCCUUUUACCUGCCAACAAUGUGGAAAACAUUUCAUGAGGAAAGGAAGUCUUGAACGCCACAUGAGAACACAUACCGGAGAGAAGCCUUACACGUGCCCUCAUUGUGGAAGGAGUUUUACACUCAAAUCAACCCUUACUUCCCUUGUGAGAAUUCACACUGGAGAGAAGCCAUUUGUAUGUGGUCAGUGUGGAAAGAGUUUCAGAUUAAAUGUAUCUCUUCAUCACCACAUGAAGAUUCACUCAAGUGAGAACUGAUUUUUAAGUUGUGGGUGUGGAAUAAAUUCCACAGAAAAAACACCUUUAAGAGGCAUAUAACUGAGAGAAGCCUUUCAUGUACCCUCACUGUGGAAAGAAUUGCACAAAUAAUGUAAGCCUUGAGGUUCACAUAAAAAUUCACAGUGGAGAGAAGACUUACACAUAAAGGAAAUCUUAACAUUCAUAUAAGGUUUCACUUUGUAGAAAGGCAUUUUAAAUGUGUUUAGUUGGAAAUAAAUUUAUCUUAUCAAAAAAACCAGAAUCAUAAUUUGCAAAAUCGUUCUGAAAAGAAACUGCAUUGUACUUCAGUUUGGCUAGAGGUUUACAAAAUAGCAUGUGUUGUCAUUAUACAAUGAAUCUGAUCAAACAACAAAUAGCUUUUGAAUUUGCUCUUAUGGCCACCAUGUCACAAAGAGCUUGCUUAGUCUUCUGUCAAUAAGAAGCAUCUAUAACAUCGUUAAUAGCUUCAUUUGCUGCUGCAGAUGAGAUGGACCUUAAAAUUGGGGUGGGAGCUCCCAAAUAGGGCGUGACUUCCUCCCAUUGACAGACAGGCACAUGACACACAUGCACAAUUUUCCCCCCAAUCCAGUUCAUUGCAAACUCCACCCCACUGCUGAUUCUAAAGAUUUUAUUGGUUGUGUCAAUGUGUUGAUUUUCUACACUAUGCUACAAAAAAUGCUAACCCCUAAACCUACCCCACACUUGACCCUAACCUUAACCAGUGAAUUUGACUGCACAGCGGGAUUGGCGCUGAAUAGAAUAGAAUAGAAAGUUGCAGUUCAGGAGAUAAGCAGUUAAUAAAUGUAAAUGUAAUUAGAUAAUGUGAUAUGAGAUCGCCGAGAUAGCCGUUCCAUAACUCCCCAACCAGACCUCACCGGACAAUGGAAACUUUAUAGUCCCUUGAGCUGGUGGCUUGAUCAUGGAUCUGCCCAGAAGUCUGUUGCUAUCUGUGUUUGCUUUUAGUGAAAAGAUUCUAAGGCAGUGGCUGUUUAGGUCCCCCUAGUAUAGCGGGAGACCCUGUGUCCAGGUGCAUUUUUAAACAUUAUUGGCCUGUGUUGAGCCCUUGCAUUAUACAAUAAGUCUUCAGUAUUUCUCUGAGAAAGGAGUAUCCUUAUAGCAUCAGCUACUGAUGCAAUGUCUUGUUCCUUCCUCUCAGGAAACAUCAUUGUAGUGAUUAAUAUGUCUGGCAAGUAGUAUGAUUGGCAACUAUUCAUUAAACCCUAACUGAUGCAGUGUGUAGCUUUUUAUUUCUCAAACAAGCAUGUCAGAAGACACACUCAUGUCCAUACUCUAGGAUGACAAUGCCAAGAUUAAUCAGGCUCAAACAGUGACCGACCACCACAAAGACUGGCCACCAAAGAGUCCUGGCUUUAACCGCACUAAAAGUCUUUCGGAUGUGCUGGAGUAGACUUUAGCUGUCAAAAAAAAAAAAAAAUUGCACACUAAUAUUUAGUUGAACCAAUCUGGCCCAGAUCUUGUACUGACAAUGAGAGAGCCAGCUUUUAGAUCCAGAGGUUCUGUAUUAUUUUGUAAGGCAACCUAACAGGGCACCCUACUGUAUAACAGUGAAAACACAGAUUGCUGGAAUAACUUCUCAAUGGCAGGGAAGCAUUGUGUAAUAAAUGUCAGAAAAUGGCAAGGAAAAAGUGUAACUCUUUUAGCAAGGGUUCAAAAUUGAAAUUUGUACUAUUUUCCGCCAAAUCCAAUCCAAUUCUUCGUU